CAGAAGCUCCCUGUUUCCCAGUCUCCGCAAUCUUAGCAGAAAGUAAAGUUGGCUCGCUCCUACCACGAUGCCUUUCUUAAGGCAACUCUGCAUUUAUUGUUGGAUUUCAGGGACUGUUCUUUUAUCUGCUCAUGCUGGCUUCCAAAAGAAGUCCCAAGACAUAUCAGAGGACCAGAAUAUAAACAAAAUUUUUCGGGAUGUGGCAUAUGAAUUUGUCGCAAAGCCGCAGUCAUGGGGACAAGCGAACGAAGUUUGUGAAACACAAGGAGGGAAACUUCUGAUGUAUCUGGACUGUGAUAUCAAGGAUUUCUUUUCCAAAGUGUUGGUGAACACUGCACCAGGCUAUUGGAUUGGAAAUGGAUUGACUGGAUCUUAUGAUGAAUGCGUUAUUCAGGGAACCCCUGUUGCCCAACCUGUUGAUGGACAGAGUUCAGAUGCUUGCACCUACCUGAUGAAGGAUCCAUUCCAGUUGGUGACCACGCCCUACUGCAACAUGACCUUGGGUUACCUGUGUACUAAGGAUAAACAUGCAAACAAAGAUGAGAAAAAACAAGUGAAGAAGCACAUUCGGGCCAGAAGGGCCACAGAUGACACAAUAAAUCAGUGGUUAACCAACAUGAAUGUACCAUCAGCAAGUUUGAGUACCAUUCUCGAUAAUGCAGUGCUAAUAUUAGGCAGAAUUGCAAAUGAACCGGUGGUGUUUGGGUAUGAUGCAAAGAUGCAUUACCUGAAUUAUAUACUACGAGCGCUAAAGGCACUUACUCGCAUAGAUGACACAAGCAAAAUCCUAACUAUUAAUUGUACUGGAGGACUAAUUUUGCACACCAUCGAGCAGUGUGAAGCAGAUGACAGCCCAGAAAAUCUUGAGGACCUUCUUAUUUUAGCUGUCCAGAUUUAUCAGCAGAUAAAUAUACUGACAAAUCAAAACACCAAACAAGUAUUUGAAUGGCCUUUCGUAUCAGGCACACUCUUUGCAACGAAACAAGAUCCAGCAAAUCUGAACAACAUGACGAUCGGGAGCACGAAUAUGGGUAUUGUCCUGUUUCCUGCUUAUGAUGCAUUAAAGUCACAGCUGCCAUCUAGCCCUGUGAACAUUCAGAUGUUCAGUUAUAAAGCAAACCCAAUGAGUGAGCAAUCAAACUUUAGCAUCAGUGGUUCUGUUUGCAGCCUGUCACUUUCAGAUGACAAAUCCAGCAUCAAACUCAGCAAUCUCUCAAGUUACAUUGAAAUAUUUCUGCCACGUCCUGAAGCUCCAGAGCCAACAGUUGCAAGUGUGCCUGUGAAAUAUGGGUUUGCUCUUAUCACAUCUUUCAACGUCACUGAUCCAAACUCAACAGUCAUUGUUACUGCGAUCCCAGAUAAAAAUGUCUCGCUUCUGGUUAUCUUGUCUCCUACUUAUCAAUCUAACAACCGUAGCCAGCGUACUAUCCUGACUGGCCGAGCCGAUAACUAUCGCUGGAUCAUCCACCCUGAGAUGAUAAAUGCUACUAACGGGACAAUGUACGUGAACAUAACAAUUUUCAACUACACAUCAAGCUCCCCGGUGACAGUCAAUAUGUCGCUCAUGAACUUUAAAUGUGUGUACUGGGAUGUUGAUUAUAAUGAAUGGAGCAGAGAUGGCUGCUGGGUUGGUCCCAAAACAGUCCCCAAAAUGACUCACUGCUUAUGUAACCAUAACACUUUCUAUGGGAGCUCCUUCUUCGUGAUGCCCAAUCCAAUCGACCUUUCAAAGACAGCUGCUCUCUUUGCCACCAUCAAUGAAAAUUAUGUGGUCGCCUCAGUCCUGGGUGCAUUCUUUUUCCUCUAUCUGAUCCUUGUGGUAUGGGCACGGUACGCUGACAAGAAAGCCCAGAGAACGCGCAAACUAAUGUUGCUGGAGGACAACCAUCCAUGUGCUCAUUAUAACUACCUGGUGAACAUACAGACAGGAAACCGGAAACAAGCAGGAACCACAGCCAAGGUUAUGAUGACUUUAGAGGGCACCGAUGGUGAGAGCGAUGUCCAUAACCUGGCUUACCCAGACCAGCCAGCGUUUGAGAAAGGAGGAGUGGACAUGUUCAUGCUCAGCACGCCGUUCCCUCUGGGAGAGCUGCAGAACAUUAAACUGUGGCAUGACAACACAGGAGGAGAUCCAGACUGGUUCUUGCAGAAGGUGACAGUGCAGGACCUGCAGACUCGUCAGUUCUGGCACUUCCUGUGCAACACCUGGCUGAAGGGCAACGGUGACACACCUUGCAAAAGAACCUUUAAUCCAGCAAAGAAGAAUGAGAUCACUAGUUUUGGCAAUUUGUUCCAUGCUCGAACAUCUACUGGGUUCCGAGACGAGCAUAUCUGGAUAUCUAUUGUGAAUCCGCCACGCCACAGCCCCUUCACUCGAGUGCAGCGAGUCUCUUGCUGCAUGUGCCUGCUGCUGUGCACCAUGGUCAUCAAUAUCAUGUUCUGGAACAUUCCCAAAGAUGGAGAGUCUCCUGUUAUUGUUAAGCUAGGGUCCUUUGAGCUUACCUGGCAGCAGAUCAUGGUGGCAGUGGAAAGCGCCUUGCUCAUGUUCCCGAUUAACAUCCUGAUUGUCACUAUAUUCCGCAGUAUACAACCUCGAGUUCAAAAAGAUGAAGUGGAAAGGGUCAAGACCAGCACCAAUGACAAAUCCUCUGUUGUUUCCAUGCAGACUAUCCUGAAGGACACACAGGAUAUUGUGAUUCUUCUGAGCAAAAGCCCCAAAAAUUGCGUGAUUGCACUGCAGGAAAAUCUCGAGACCACUGGUGAUCUGUUUGCUGCGCUUAACCAAAUCCAUGAUGUCAUUGAGAAUGUACAAGGCCAGACUGUUGGGGAUCAGCACUGGGCUCACUGCAGCCGUUUCCUCUUUCACACUUUAUGCCAUUUGUCAUCAAUACUGGACCGCGCCGGAGAGAAAGUUUUCCCUGCCCCUGAGGACCUCAAUCUGGCCAAGAACUCUGUGAACAUGAUGCUGAUGAAAGCCGAGAAGUUGACCAGCACUCAUCCAGUGCAGAUCUUUGUGCCUGUACAAGAGAAGAAGAAAAAAUCCAGCUGCAAGCUGCCCUGGUGGUUCGUCUUUGUCGGCUGGGGUCUUCUUGUUAUUAUAAGUGGCAUUUCCACCUUCUUUACCUUACUGUAUGGCUUCCAGUAUGGGAAGGACUCAUCCAUUCGAUGGUUUAUCACCCUCACGCUCUCCAUGUUCCAGAGCAUUUUCAUCAUCCAACCUCUGAAGGUCGUUGGUCUGGCUAUCUUCUUUGCCCUCAUUCUGAGGCCGGUUGCAGUCGAGGACAACCAGGAGGUUGAGCUUUUGCUAGAUGAACAACGCGAAAAAUGCGAGUCGUACUGCGGACGCCACAUGCACUGAUAGAUUUGAGUAAAGUCCAGCACUCAGAUGAUGAGACGGACUUUGUCUGAUAAUGUGAUUUUGAUCAAUUCACAACUCUUAAACUGCCGCUUGAAUAUUUCAAUGUAAACAAUGAUCAUGGUGAAGGUUUUAUCUUUUGUAUCAUAAACAUGUACUAUAUGAGUCUUUACUUUCCCCCUAUAAAAUCCCAUAAUGCAUGCAAAAGUACAGAGCAACCUGUAAAGUGUCACAAUGAGCAAACAGGAUUUUAAAUGACCAAAAAAGCAGUUAAAGAGAAACAUGUCAUUUAUAAGGUAUUUCUGAACUAGAGCAAUGUUUAAUACUACAGUCCUCCACACAAAAUAUCAUGUCACAAGUUAAUUGUUUACAGAGUGCUCUGAUUUUUGCAGUUCAUUUACAAUAUAUAUAGUCUUAGUAAAACGGUGCAUUUUAUUGUAUGCUUAGCAGUAGAAUGUGUAAAAUAAAAAGAGUUUAAACACUGCAACACAGCUUGGUGGAAAUGUUAAAGUGGAUAAAGUGGUCUGGUUUUCAUUCCAUUUCAGAGAGUUAGGUGUAACUGUAAAUAUAUACUUAUUUCGAUGCAUAUUUCAGGCAUCCUAAGCUCAAAGAGGAAGUGAUACGUUACCAGAUCAGUUUAAUUUUCCUCCUCUAUAUGACUGUUCAUGUAUCUUUAUGAAAAAUCUAAAAUAAAUGGCUUCUCAUAUCUCA